UAACAAGUAAAUUUAACAAAAUUACGUUGGGAAAUGAUGGUGCGACAUCUGUGUUCUGCUUGGCGAAUCAGUUAUAAAUAUGGCUGUAAGAAACAGCAAGUCGUGUGUGUUAUUCGUUUUUAGAAGUGGGCUACUACGAUUUAUUUAUAGAGUUUUAAUUCGGUGAACGUCGACUUUUCACAUCUUUUUGUACUUUUAUUCGCGUGUGUGCAAAAUGAAUAAAACAAUCAGUACUGCUGAAGAUACGGAAGACAUUGCAAUGACAGCUCAAGAGUUGCAUAUACUUUCAGAGCUUGAUAGGUAUAAAUUAAUUCGCCAAUAUGGAUAUUUACUGCUUAAUCAAGCCGAGAAUGCGGCCAAAAAAGCCUUAGUAUUGAAGGCAGUGAAGUAUUUACAAUUAAUGGUCAUUCAGGCCAAGAGACAGCAGAAAGUCCAAAAUGAAAAUGAGCCCAAUAAUUAUCAACAGACUGGUAAAAAAAUUAGUAUUGACCCAAAAACAUGGGUUAAAUUGGGACAUUUUCAUUUGCUUCUGGAAGAAUAUAGAAAAGCACUGUCUGCCUAUCAAAUGUUCUACAAAACACAAGCGGAAAAUCACUGGAUGGAUUCUACUUUUCUCUAUGGAUUAGGAUUAGUUUAUUUCCACUUUAACGCUUUUCAGUGGGCUGUAAAAGCAUUCCAGCAACUGCUCUAUGUCGCACCGGGUUUCCAACGAGCGAAUGAAGUUAACCUGAGGCUUGGGUUAAUGUUCAAAGUCACCCAUGAAUACGAAUCGGCCCUCAAGCAUUUGCAAUUAGCGUUAGUUGACAACAGUCCGUGCACCACACCGAAAAACAUAAUUAAGUUUCACAUCGCACAUCUUUAUGAAGUACAAGGAAAAGUAAAGGGUGCUAAAGAACGUUAUGAGCUGCUUCUACGUGAUAAAACUAUCACCCAAUCAUUAAAGGCUGAUAUUUUUAGACAACUAGGUUGGCUGUAUCACUGUCACGAAUCACUCGGAAACAAAAAUCAACGAAUACCUUUCGCCAUACAUUGUUUGCAAAAGGCAAACGACGCAGACCAAUUUUCCGGUCAGACUUUAUAUUUGCUUGGUCGUUGUUAUGCCAGCAUUGGCAAAGUGCAUGAUGCCUUUAUCGCAUACAGAAACUCAGUCGAAAAGUCAGAGGGCAACGCCGACACUUGGUGCUCUAUAGGAGUGCUUUAUCAGCAACAAAAUCAGCCUAUGGAUGCACUCCAAGCCUACAUUUGCGCAGUUCAAUUAGAUAAAGGUCAUUCGGCGGCUUGGGCUAACUUGGGCAUCCUUUAUGAAAACUCGUUGCAAGCGAGAGACGCGUAUGCCUGCUAUUUGAAUUCGAGCCGCGGUUUCAAAGGCUCAAGCGACGAAACGUUCCCAACAAAGUUACCAAGAAUCAACCUGUCAAACGUGGGUAUGAACCCCCAUUUAACGCAGAGGAUUAAUUUUCUACAAACUCACCUAGCUAACGCUCCAAUGCCUAGCGUAACUAGCCAGAGAAGGCAGUUGCUUUCGAUAGAAGAGGCUUGGAAUCUGCCGAUAUCAGCAGAAAUGUCGUCGAGACAGCAGCAGCAAACCGCGCCGCAGAACCGCACCACAUCCGCGCAGAGCUUUCAAAAGACCUACGCAGGAGGGGGUGUCACCCCGCAGGGUCCGCCCCCUCCGUACCCGUCGCCCAGUGGGGCUGCUGCUGGUAAAAAAUUCAAAACCGAAAGUGCUGAACAAAAACCUCCUACUACGCAAGCACAACCUUCUUUCUGCCUUAGCCAGCAACAAUUGCAGUUACUAAGUUAUUUCCAACAAAACGUUAACACCCUCACCCCCACACAACAGCAACAACUACAACAACUACAACACCAGUACCGUUUGAUGCAGCAGCAUCAGCAACAACUGCGAAACCGACAACCUGUCACAACACCUGUUACUAGUGCACCGCCAAAUUAUCCAAGCAAUAACCAGUUCUCCGGACAGAACAACAGCAACCAAACAUUAACGAACACUGCCAAAAGCUUCUCGACAAACGACAAGCUAGUCCAACCUAACCCCGUUGUCGUGCCCAGAGAUAGUUUUAUGCCAAACUCAGUGCCUCAUUCAACCGAUCUCGAUGUUAGCGAAGAAGACUUAAAGGAUCUACUGUCGCAAAAGUACAACGCCACGGAUUUGGCCGAGGACAUACUGAAACAUUUCGGAUCAGACGAUAUACAUCUAAAAGAAGAAACCACCUCGCAAGACGCCACACUGUCGUCCGGUCCAUUUUCGCCCUCCAACAUGGAUUCAAAAAAGGAAGACGUCAAGACGAAAAUCAAGUCGCCACCCCAAGAAAGCAUACUGACGAUAAAAUCUGAGCCUCCAUGGGAUUUCGAGGCCCUACAUUCGAUGGAUAAACGGUCGAAAAUUGAUUACACCAUCGAAAUGGACGCUCAGACCAUCAUAAAGUUGUGCAAAACCGAAGCGGUGAACGGCGACAUCAACAGCUCUCUCAUCUCCGACACGGCUCCCCCACCUUCCCCACCUGACCCCCCUUUGACGAAACUAAACCACCAGCAGCUCCUCCCGCCCACACCCUCCGUAUUCCUGGAGAACAAGAAGCACGCGUUCAGUCCGCAGCUGCAGGAGUUCUGCCUGAAACACCCGAUCGCCGUCAUCCGAGGCCUGGCGGCCGCCCUAAAGUUAGACCUCGGCCUGUUCUCGACCAAGACGCUGGUGGAGGCGAACCCGGACCACAGCGUGGAGGUCAGAACGCAGAUACAACAGCCGUCGGACGAAAACUGGGACCCGCAGACCGGCAAGAAGGUCUGGGCGUGCAUAUCGCACAGAUCUCAUACAACAAUCGCGAGGUACGCCCAGUACCAGGCGUCCAGUUUCAAAGAUAGCUUGAAGGAGGAAAGGGAGAAGGUGACCAGCGGGUUGUCGGACUCCGACUCCAAGGAUUCGUCGCAUUGCGGGGCGAAACGACGAAAAAUGAACACCGCGGCUCUGCCCUCGGCCAACAUCAAGAACUGCAAGGAGCAGAAGACGCUUAAGUUUGGGACGAACGUGGAUUUGUCAGACGAAAGGAAAUGGAGGCCCCAGUUGCAGGAACUCAUGAAGUUGCCCGCCUUCGCCAGAGUAGUGUCCGCCGCCAACAUGUUGUCGCAUGUUGGGCACGUUAUUUUGGGAAUGAACACGGUACAGCUUUACAUGAAGGUGCCUGGUAGUAGAACUCCUGGCCAUCAGGAGAACAACAACUUUUGCUCAAUUAAUAUUAACAUAGGACCGGGUGAUUGUGAGUGGUUCGCGGUGCCAGAUGCAUAUUGGGGUGCCAUCUGUGCCUUGUGCGAGAAGAACCAAAUCAACUACCUGCACGGGUCGUGGUGGCCGGUACUCGACGACCUCUACCAGGCCAACAUACCCGUCUACAGGUUCUUACAAAGGCCCGGCGACUUAGUUUGGGUCAACGCAGGUUGCGUCCAUUGGGUGCAAGCGGUGGGGUGGUGCAACAACAUCGCCUGGAACGUGGGACCGCUCACGGCCAGACAGUAUCAGUUGGCAAUCGAAAGGUACGAGUGGAACAAACUACAGAGUUUCAAGUCUAUUGUACCGAUGCUGCAUCUGUCGUGGAAUCUUGCGAGGAACAUCAAAGUUUCCGAUAGGAAACUGUACGAACUUAUCAAAAACUGUUUGCUUCGCACUCUCACCAAAUGCUGUCGAAUAUUGGAAUUCGUCAAAGAACGAGGCGUCGAAGUGAAAUUCCAUGGUAGAGGGAAAAACGAAGCUUCACACUAUUGUGGGCAAUGCGAGAUUGAAGUGUUCAACAUAUUAUUUAUAAGAGAGCAAGAAAAGAGACACGUGGUGCAUUGCAUGGAUUGCGCAAGAAAACAAAGUCCAAAUCUCGAAGGCUUCGUGUGCUUAGAAGAAUACAAGAUGCAAGAUCUUUGCGAGGUGUACAACAACUUCACGUUGCACAGUAACAUCACGUCGCAGGAUCAAUACAGGCCCAUGUAGGAAGAAACUGAUGUAAACUGAUUAGAGAUAAGAUAUUUGGAAUGCGUUUAGUCAUUAACGGUAGGAUUUUAUGGUUGUUGUAAGAGGCAUAUUUUAUUUCGUUUUUGCGUAAUUGUAAAAGUAAUGCGUUUUGUUACGGGUCUAUUUUGAUUAGACGCAUUCCAAGGUACCGCCAAAGUAAAAUAUUCUAAAUGUAUAAUUAAAUUUGAUCGCCCUACAUUUAAAUAAAGUAUGAUUUCUAAUUGGUCGACAUAAGUAUUCAAUUUCCUAAUUAUGAAGUUCUAUUUGUAACAAAAUAGGAAGGCAUAAUUUAGCCGUUUGAGAUUUGAUUGUAAUUCAUGUCCAUGAUAUGUACACAUUAAGCUAACACUGCCACUGCAACCGAUGUACAACAUAUAUUUCAUAAAUAUAGCUUUUACGUGUGGAUCAAGUGAGUUUGUCAAUUAAUGCGAUGUGGAUGUACAUUGCAAUAUGCCCUGGGUAUGUAUAGGAAAUGGACUGUAAAGUUUUAAAGUACAAAUUUUGUAGGCAUAUCUUCGUGUAUUAUUUGUAUCUUAUAUACAUUUAUCUGAUAACACUCACUAUGGACUGUUAUUGUCUUCCAUGCGUUUAUUUUAAAACUGACACAUAGACUAAUUGUAUAAAAUUAAAGAUAUAUUUUUCAUUACAUAAAAUUAUGUAAAGAAUUGAGAAACAUUGAAGGCAAUAAGCAAUAAUUCAUAUCUUUAAACCUAAUAAAAAGUAUUCUAUUAACCAAGUUUUCUUUUAAACAAAAAGAAUCCAUGACUUUUUAGUAUUUUGAUUAUGUUAUAUAUAAGCAAAACAUUUCCUAUAAAUAUUCUGUGUGAAAUAAGAUGUGUGCUAAGAAACAGUAUGUUUUGCUUGUUAAUUAGCUAUUCAUGUAAAAGAGUGAUAAUGUAAUUAUUAUAGUGUGUAUAUAAAUAUUGUCGAUAGUUUCUUUUUUAGCUUAUAAGGGCUAACAGUGAUCUCAUAUGUAGUUAGUUGAUUGUAACUGUACAUACAAUAUUUAAAUAAAAAUAAAUAUAUUUAUACAAUAUAUUUAUUUUAGUAGGAAAUAACGAUGUAGCCAUUUUAAAAAUCGUCUAUUUUUAAACAUAGUAUCAUUAAUCAUUUCCACUGCCAAUGUUUCUAUCAUAUUUAUUUACCCAACGACUUGAAAAUAUUACAUUGUUUAAUUACUUGUUUUUAUGCACGUACAGGGUAAAAAUCAGCCUCAACAAUAUUCCUUUGAAAUUAAAUACAAACUCUUGUUACAUUUUAUUGUAAUAUUUUUUGUAGUAGUUGGAUUUUUAAAAUUAUGUAAUUUUUAUUACGAACUUUGUAUAAUACUUUUGUAUAUUGUUUUAAUUUGUGUGUAAGGCAGUAGAAACAUCGUUAAACUAAAACUGCCAAUUAUGUGAUAGAGUUAACUGCCCAAAAAAUUCAUAUUUUGUUUUUUCUUUGAAUGAAGCCUAGGUUUUGACAGUGCCUUUUCCUGUAAUUAUAAAAAUAAAAAAAGAAAAGCAUAAUAUUUUUUGCAUUCAUGACCAAAAAUAUAUUUGACAUAGUCUACAUUAUGUAAAUAUAAGUAUGUAGUAAAAUUUCAGGAAUUCUACUAGCUCAAUUUUUCUAUGUAAUUGUAUAAUGUUAUUGUAUUUCAUUUAAAUCUUUAUUUUAUAUUGAAAAGUCUGAUUAAAAUUUUCGUGUAUUGUAUAUUAUAUAUAUUUAAUUUUCAUUGUAGGUAAUAAGUUGUAUUUAUAUUUACAUAAAUAAACAAGUUACGAUUA